AUGUUGACUCCAUUCGAGUUAGGAGGAUCUGCUGCUGCUGCUGCUGCAUCAUCAUCCCAGCUUGAGCUUGACUUUGAAGCAAAUGCUUUACUCAAUAGUGGAUGGUGGAGAUCAUACUACGAUAAUAAUAUCUCCGAACGCUGUAAUUGGACAGGUAUAGUUUGCAACGACGCUGGAAGCAUAACAGCAAUCCAACCCCGGUACUCAUAUGAAAGAAGGGUUGAAUUUGCAACACUCAACCUCUCUGCUUUCCAGAAUUUAGAACAGCUUGAGCUCUUCGAAAUUGGAAUACGAGGGAGGAUCCCACCAGAAAUCGGUAUUCUCCCUAAACUCACUUAUCUCGAUUUGUCCAACAAUGCUCUUGAAGGUGAGAUACCUCCUUCACUUGGAAAUCUUAGGCAAUUAGAUACCCUAAUCAUCGCUGGCAAUAGCAUUAAUGGCUCCAUUCCUCAUGAGUUGGGGUUCCUCAAAAAUCUUGUUACACUAGUUCUAUCUGCUAAUAUGAUCAGUGGGAACUUGCCUAUUUCGCUUACAAAUCUCACUCGAUUAAAAAAUCUUGACAUUUCCAUCAAUCGACUUGAAGGUGAGAUGCCACCUUCACUAGGAAAUCUUAGGCAAUUAGAGACCCUAAUCCUCGCUGACAAUGACAUUAAUGGCUCCAUUCCUCAUGAGUUGGGGUUCCUCAAAAAUCUUGUUACAUUAGAUCUUUCUAAUAACACGAUCAGUGGGAACAUAGUAUCCUUGUUCGCUGAAAGCCUUGCAAUGCUAACCACUGUCGAGCUCAGUCACAACCGCAUUGGUGGUGAAAUGCCAUCACAGCUUGGAUAUCUUCCAAAGUUCACCUCUUUGGAUCUAAGCUACAAUAAUCUCACGGGAAUGGUUCCCCAAUAUCUCCUUCAUGUUGAUUUCGUGGACAUGUCCUACAAUAAUUUGAAGGGUCCAAUUCCAGAUGGCUUCAGACCUUAUGCGCUAACAGGCAACAAGGAUGUAUGCAGCGAUAUUCCAAAUUACCAAUUGGCAUACCAAUUUCAACCUUGCUCAGCUCACAGAAAAACAAGCAUGAAAGUAAAACAUCAUCUGCUCAUAGUUCUUCCCAUCCUUGUUUUUCUAAUAGCCGCCCUCUUACUGCUUGUGUAUCUGAAAUUGCGUAAAGUACGUGCAACAAAGAACAAAUAUGCAAACACAGCAGCAACUGAGAAUGGUGAUUUCUUCUGUGUAUGGAAUUAUGAUGGAAGCAUGGGAUAUGAAAACUUAAUUAGAGCUACAGAGGACUUUGACAUGAAAUAUUGCAUUGGAACUGGAGGGUAUGGGAGUGUUUACAAGGCACAAUUAUCUGGUGGCAAGGUUGUUGCCUUGAAAAAACUCCAUGGUUUUGAAGCAGAGGUGCCGGCUUUUGAUGAGAGUUUUAGAAAUGAAGUGAGAGUGUUAUCAGAAAUAAAGCAUCGACAUAUUGUGAAGCUUUAUGGAUUCUGCUUGCACAAAAGAAUCAUGUUUUUGAUCUAUCAGUACAUGGAGAAAGGAAGCUUGUUUGCUGUCCUGUAUGAUGAUGUUGAGGCAGUGGAAAUGGAUUGGAGAAAGAGGAUUAACAUUGUUAAAGGCAUUGCAAAUGCUCUUUCAUAUCUUCAUCAUGAUUGUUCUCCUCCAAUAGUGCAUAGAGACAUAAGUAGCUGCAAUGUCUUACUGAAUUCAGAGUGGCAGCCCCGUGUGUCUGACUUUGGCACGGCCAGACUCCUCCAACAUGAGUCAUCCUAUCGAACUAUAGUUGCUGGAACCAUUGGAUACAUAGCUCCGGAGCUUGCCUAUAGUAUGGUUGUGAAUGAAAAAUGUGAUGUCUAUAGCUUUGGAAUGGUGGCACUUGAAACUUUGGUGGGAAGGCAUCCUAAGGAAAUACUGUCAUCACUUCAAUCAGCAUCUACUCAUGCCAUCACAUUAUGUGAAGUACUGGAUCAACGCCUUCCACAACCAGAUAUGGAAGUUUUACCAGACGUAGUUCGUCUUGCCAUUACUGCAUUUGCAUGCUUAAAUCCCAAUCCUUGCUCUCGGCCAUCAAUGAACUGCGUGUCUCAACGUUUUCUAACUCAGCCAAAACCAUUAACCAUUCCUUUGGGUGAAAUUUCAUUGCAGCAGCUCAUGAACGAAGAUUUCAAGAAUUAUUUAUAGUUGUCAAUUCCUGAAAGCGGAAUUCAAGAUGAAGUUGAUGCUGCCACCAUUUAGUAAAGACUUUGUCAAAGUUGAUUUGCAUGAAUUGUUAGAAAACCUCAUAAAGUUUUGUUUCUAAGGUAUCUCAUUUAUGUAUAAACUUCAUAAACUCAAU